ACUGCGAAGGAAUGCCUCAUGAACUGAAAAUCAGUUUUGUUCGGUUAUAAUCUGAAUCGAUUUUCAUUUAACAGUUUAAUUAAAAAAAAUUGCUUAACGUAAGCCGUACCGUUUAUAUUUUUUGGUUUACCGAAACCACGUAAUCAGUUCUCAGUUAUUUUGUCAGUUAAUCAGAUGAACUUUAAAUUAGUACUUCGAUAAGGUUAUAUUUUAAGUAAACCGAAUUAAUAACAGAACUGAGGGUCACCUUCAUUUUUUUCAUUAUUUAAUCUUAUUAUUAUUUUUGCUAAACACAUAUUAGUUUUUUUUACAUUUAAAAAAACAUAUUAGUUUUUUUGAAAUAUCAUUAACUAAUAAAAUUUAAUAUUUUUUGAAAAUGUUCAAUAAUUUUAAUUAAUCUUAUCAUGUCACUUAUUUUAGUUCUUUUCUUUUGCAUUUUCAGCCAAUUCCCCUUAUCUCUCCGCUUGUUUACUCCCACCCACCAGUGACACCAACACCAUCUGGAACUUUCUUUCUUCUCUAUCUCCUCUGUCCUUUCCCAUCUCGAGACUCCCACCAAGAUGAGCAACAUACAAAUUUGCAUGUAUAUUCUUCACUCUUAAAUCUCAAACUUAAAAAAAGGUCACUUUCCAUCUCCUUUCGCUCCAUCCUCUUCGACUGAGAGAGCAAGAUAUACUCUGUUUUUUUUAAUAUAAACUUUGUUCUUUUUUCUUCUGGCGAUAAGAGGAAGAAAAAGCGGCUGGGUUGGUGACUAUCGAUUCACAGGACCAUCGAUUCACGGCGGAGGAGGGCGAUAGAAACAACGGACAGCGUUAGUGACCCUCGAUUCACGGCGGCAGAGGGGUGGUAGAACAUCCGACGAAAUCCCUAAAGCUCCUGAAGUACUGCUCCCAUGCUUGUCGCUUGUUUUUUGUCGGAGUCGCAAGAGGAAUUGGUGGAUAAUAACACGGCGGCUGGUUUGCAACAACUCUCUGCUGGGAUGAAGUGAGUGCCAGAGACGAUUUGAUGGCCAGAGUCGAAGGUAGAAGAAGAUUUGAUUGUCGAAGUGAGAAGGAUUGCAUAUUGAAGAGGAAGGCGAAGGGGUUUCUUUGUUUGGUGAGCGACGGAGAGACGAUGGAGAUAGGGGUGAGUUUUGAAUUUUGAUUAAAUUGCAAAUUCUGUGGAAAAGGAAAAAUCCAAGAAUAGGCCCAGAUGAUGUCCGAAGGCAUUCCGUUUAGCCCAUAUAUGAAAAAAACAAUUGGGCUCAGUAAAACAAAAACGCAGCACUUCAAUUAAAUGUGCAGAACCGUGAAAUGUCUAAUAUGCCCUUCCGUGAAGCUCUCAGGAGCCAGAGUUUUUGAAUCCCUGCAAAAACAGCCAAUGAAUCUGCUUCAUAAAUUUUAUAGAUUCAUUGAUAAUGUUGUUAUUCGGAUGAAAUGGAAUUCCGGCACAGAAGUAGUUAUGUGAGGUACGUAUGUGUCUAUGAGAUAUAUGUUUUAGGGUAUCUUGCCGCCGGGGUUUGCAACGAGAGCAGAGGCGGUGUUUGUAUGUUCUAAUGUGACUUCAUCCAUCUGGCAAUAUUAUAAAGCUAGCUAGGCUGCUUUAACGCAGGACACAUGCAUAUUAGCUAGCUAAUACAGAGACAGAGAGAGAUGGCCGUGCAGGUUGGUCCCUUGGAAGCUCGAAUGGCCACAGUGCUGAUGUUCUUACUAAUUCUGACAACGAUCAACGGAGGCUUCAACGGCGGUGUAAUGAUCAUCUCUGCCCGCGAUCCAAUGUGCGGUGCCUCCGACGAAUGGUUUUGUAGUCCGAACGACUCUGCUCACCCAGACAUUAAGGUACAACUGACACCCUCGACGGCCUGCCAGCCCUUCUAUUCUUCUUCAGGAGACGUACCAGACGGCUACGUACAUUCUUCUUGUGCUGAUGCCUAUGUUGCCAAUUCCAAAUGCGAUGAUUGCUUAAAAACGGCGACCGAAGUGAUAAGUGAUCAUUGUUAUGGCAAAGACGGAGCUCAGUACGGUACGGAGCAUUGUUGUGUUAGAUAUGAGAAGGAAAAGUUUUGUUGAGCUUAAUAUGCUAAGAAAUGCUGUUUAGAUUUUCAUAACCAAAAUAAAUUAGUGGCGGAAUAUAUGAUUGGUUGGGAAAUGAUAUUUUCACAACCAAACUUUAUGGUUGGUGUUAAACUUUUUAUAACUAAAAUAAUUAGUCUUCGAAAAUAAUUUAUGGUUGUGUUAAUUUCUUAUAACUAAAAUAAUUAAUCUUAUGUAUAUUUCACGACCAAAUUUUAUGGUUG